AUGACGGAACUUUAUUUUGCACUGGGCUGCACGUCAAUGUGCGCCUCAUUGGUGACUGCAAGCUAUGGGUAUAGGGGUUUUCCCUAUAUGGCCCGAUAAGGGCCGCGGAUUCUCCGUGGAAUCCCUCUGUUUGUCAAACCAACUCAAUGCGUUGGUUUUGGUUCAAUUCCACGGAGAAUCCACGGCCCUUAUCGGGCCAUAUAGGGAAAACACCUAUAUCAUGGAGGUAUGAACUAUGAGCAAAAAAAGAAAUGGGAGAAGGCUGUGAGAUAUCAACAAUUGGGAAGCAUUCCGCUACUCUUUGUAGGGAAUAAAAAAAAUAAGCACAUUCCUGGAGCACUUUCAGCAGCUGGGGUGAGCUUGUUUUGUUUACCACUUUAUUAUUAUGCGAAGACUGAAGACUCUAAAUUUAACUUUGCAAUGCCUUGGGGAGGAGUCCUUAUGAUGGCAAGCUGGCUGACUUUAGGAUUCUUACUCCCCAUUCCAAGUCAGUAGCCUUUUUCUACUCAAGGACAUUAUUUUUUUUCAAAAUAAUUUAUAAUAUUUAUGUUUUAUAAUAGACUUCGUUGAGAUUUACUAUAAUAAUUAUUAAAUAUAUAUAAAUCAAGGAUUCCAAAAAAAAAAUUGUGCUUUCUCACAGAAAGUUUAUUUUUCUCUAAAAUCGGAUUUUUCCAAUGAUUUUGCUCGCUAAAAGAGAGGGGUUAGCUUAA